UUGUGGAAAGUAAAAAGUAAAGACUAUUUCAAUAGAAAUAAAAAAAGUGCGGCACUUGAAAAAAUCGUGGGUGCAUUGAGAAAGUUAAAACCGGAUUUCACCAUGUCUACAGAUGACAUCCCUGAACCCUCACUUUGGUAUUUCGAUGAAAUCUACUUCAUAAAAGACCAAUUGGAAAUCGCACAGACUGAUACUUCGGAGGAACCAUCGAUUCCUCAUGAAGACUCGCAAUCACAAGUCAACUCGGAAAGUUGCGAAUCCCCUUCUGACGUGGUUACACCCCGAACUCCCAAAAGAGCUAUCACGGGUAAAAGAAGGAAAGGUGUCCCAGACAGCACUGAUCAAUUAGUGGGACUAGCGACUGAAUAUUUUAAGCGACCUGAGACUGAAGAAGAUAUUGUCGCUAGGGGGUGGCUUUUUGAAGCAGAAAUGGGCACCUUGACAAGGGAAGGAGUGCGUUGUGAAACGUUCCCUCGUUGGUCAGCCACGUCACCUGCGUCGUCAUGUUCUUCAGUGAAUAGUUGGCAAACGUACCCCCAGUCAGUGCCAUCACAGCAUACUUCAACAGAAAGCCUAUCAUACCAACGGCAACACCAUACAACGUCUCAUGAAGAUAAUGCUGCUACGUUCUUCUCCUCAUUUAGUUCAAUGUGAACUUGUGCCCCUAAGGUUUUCA